AUGACGGUGCUGUGGUUUGGCAAGACCAGCAAGCGGCGGAAGGAGCCCGCCCACGCCCCGGGAGGAGGCGGUCCUCAGCACCAGCAGCAACAUCACCAUCACCACCAGACCGCCCAAAAUAGCAACCCCGUUCCUGCACCCGCACAACGACUGCACCACGCUUCGCAUUCGCAGCCCGCCGCUCUUCCGCCGCCGCCGCCGCCGCCGCCGCUGUCCCGGCCUUCCUCCUCGCAGGGCCCGCACCACCAGCCGCAGCUCGAAUUGCCAUACCGGCCCGGACCUUAUUCUCUCGCGCCGCCGGGAUCAUCGCCUCGUCUCGAUGCCUAUCCACCCACGGCCCAACAUGGCGGCGGCUACUACCAUCCCUCUCAGACGACGCUCACGCUCGUCGAAACGCAGCCGUCGCCGCCCAUGGUGAUGGUCUCCCCGCCGUCGGCCGCCGCGUCUAAUCACUCAUCGCCGCCACCCGUAUCGUGGUCGUCGCCAGCUCCAGGAGCAGGAGGAGGAGGACCAGGACCAGGACCAGGAGCGCAGCCCCAGAUCCCGCCGUCCCCGCCGCCCAUGUAUCACGCAAACCCGAGCCCGGCCGGUCCCCCUCCUCAUUGCCCCCCUCCUCCUCAUUAUUAUUACCAUUCUCAAGACCUCAACGCAUCGCAGACGUCCUUGGCCUAUCAGCCGUCGCCCCCGCAAAUGCCCGGCCAAUGGGGCGCGCAGCAGCAGCCUCCCCCCUCCCCGCAUGUCGUGCCUCAUUGGGGGCCGCCGCAGCCAUCCCCGCCGAUGCAGCAGCAGCAGUUUCAAGAGCAGCAGCAACAGGCCGUCGCCGUCGCGCAAGCACCACCUGCACUACAUGCACAUGCACAUGCACCACCGGUAGUAGCAACCCCACCGCCACCGCCGCAGCCGCCGCAAGGCUCCGCCGCCGCCGCCGCCGGCCGCACCAGCAGCGCCAGCCUCAACGCGCGGGUGAACGGGGCGCUGCGGAGGCCGGGCCAGCUGGCGUCGCAGUCGCUGGGCAGCAUCAACGAGAGCUACCGGCAGAAGAAGCUGACGGCGUCGCAGUCGGUGACGAACCUGAGCGACGGCUUGCAGCGGCGCCAGCAGAUGGCGUCGCGGUCGGUCAGCAACCUGCACGACCGCACCAACCAGUACAUGGCGCACACGGUCGCGCUGUGCGAUCUCAUCUCGUCGAAGCUGGACCAGGUCAUCACGUCCAUCGAUGACGAGGUGUUUAGCGGGAACGAGCAGGAGCUUGUCAUCUACGAGCACCCUCCGGAGCCGCACCAGAGCUCCCUGGAUGUGUCCAAGGGUACCAACAACCCGAACAUUGCGGCCGUCGCAUCUUCCAGCAACCAUUUCAGCAAGGUUUGGCUGUACGCAAACUCGCGGUUGCCGCCGCAUCUACCGCCGCUCAAGGUGUACAUGCCGACCUGGCCGCUGCUGUGCCUCGCGGCCCAGUAUUCGGAGAAAGUCUACCACAAACCGCCGCUCCCGUCGCCCAACGACCCCAACCACGAGGACGACGAGAGCGAGACGCACGUCGAGCCCGACUGGCGCCAGGGGACCAAGGCAAUGGUCAUCAAGAGCGUGCCGGUCGACGACAUGAACACCAUCGUCUUCGCGAUCCGCGGCAGCGCCGGCUUCAUGGACUGGGCCGUCAACUUCCGGCCCGCGCCGACGUCGCCGAAGGGGUUCCUCGACGACGACGGCAACCUCGUCCACUCGGGCUUCCUGUACGUCGCGCGCAAGAUGGCGGCGCCCGUCGCGGCCCGCCUGCGCCAGCUGCUCGAGCGCAACCCGAAACGCGCGACGUGCUCGCUGCUGAUCACGGGCCACAGCGCCGGCGGCGCCGUCGCGGCCCUGCUGUACGCGCACAUGAUGGCCGAGAGCAAGGCCGUGCAGUCGGAGCUCAACAGCCUCACGCGCCUGUUCAAGCGCGUGCACUGCGUCACGUUUGGCGCGCCGCCCGUCAGCCUGCUGCCGCUGCGGAAGCCGGACCUGCCGCAUACUAACCACCACCACCAUCAUCGUCACGGUGGCGGCGAUGACGCGAGCCAGCGCAAGUGGAAGAAGAGCUUGUUCUUCGGCUUCAUCAACGAAGGCGACCCCGUCGUGCGCGCCGACAAGGACGUCAUCAAGAACAUGCUCCGGCUGUACGCGACGCCCGCGCCAUCGACGUCGUCGUCGUGGAGGAAAAACAGCAGCAGCAGCGGGAACUGCGUCUUGUCCGGCGGCGGCAGCGGCGGCGGCGGCGGCGGCGGCGGUGGCCUCGCCAGCAUGUCGAGCCUGGCGCUGGCGAGCUCGACGAGCCUGCUACUGCCCGGCAGCAGCAACAACAACGGCAAGAAAGACAAGAAGAAGAAGAAGACCAAAUCAAACAGCUGGUCGUCGUCCGCCGCGGCGGCCGCCACCAACGAUCCCUCACCUCCUCCGCCCGCUCCCCCUCCUGCGCCCACAUGGAACGUCCCCCCCGGCGUCCUCAGCUGCGCCGGCAGACUGGUCUUGCUGCGCGACCGCUCACCUGCCGCCGCCACCGCCUCUGGCACCACGUGGUCGAAUAAUGGCGGUGGCGAUGGUCAGUUGCCGCCGCCCAACCCGCUCGGCGAGGCCAACGUCGAGGCGUGCACGGUGGCGGACGAGCAGCUGCGGGCGGCCGUGUUUGGCGACCCCAUGUGCCACAUGAUGAAGCUGUAUGCGCGGCGGAUCGAGGUGCUGGCGACGAGGGCGGUGACGGCGGGGGGGAUGGGGUUGGGGUGA